UACACCCUCUUCGAAGUUCAAACACACAAAAAUAAAAAUACUAAAAAAAAUCAAAAGAUGAUAAGUUGUUUCUUCUCUCUUCUUCUCUCCUCAUAACUCUUCUCUUAAAAAAAAAAUUCAAAACCACUUCUACCACCGAGUCUUUCUUCGUCUGAAUUCACCCCCCAAAAAAAAAACUUUCCGAAAAUGAGCAAACUAGUGGUCGAAAUCGUGGACGCGAGCGACCUGAUGCCCAAAGACGGGCAAGGCUCAGCGAGUCCCUUCGUGGAGGUCGAGUUCGACGACCAGCGUCAGAGAACGCAAACGCGUUUCAAAGAUCUAAACCCUCACUGGAACGAGAAGCUCGUCUUCAACCUCGGCGACUCCGACCCCACCAGCCGUCUCGCCAACAAGACCAUCGACGUCACCGUCUACGACGACCGCCGCGAUAACCAGCCCGGGAAGUUCCUCGGCCGCGUAAAAAUCUCCGGCGCCGUCGUCCCGCUGUCCGAAUCCGAAGCCGACGCCCAGAGGUAUCCCCUCGACAAACGAGGUCUCUUCUCUCACAUCAAAGGCGACAUCUCCCUCAGAAUCUACGCCGCUCCAUACGACGGCGCCGAUUUCAUUCCACCUCCGAUGGCCCCGGCGGAGGAGAAAGUGACGAAGGAAGAGAAGCAGUUCGAGCCUCAGGAGUUUCAUAACCAAAACCAAAACCAAAACUCGUACGAAGAGGCGGCGAUGAAGCCAAAGAAGAAGGAGAAAGAAACAAGAACUUUCCACUCGAUAGGAGCCGAGCUACCGUUUGAAGCAAAGCCUCCUUCUCACCUCCCUCCUAACCAACCUGAGUUUCGUUCAGAUCCCAUGAGAGCUCCGGGCCCACCUCCCGGAGCCUCGGUGAUGCAGAUGCCGAUGCCGGGCCCACCGAGGCAGAACCCCGAGUUUCAGCUCAUCGAGACGAGUCCUCCGUUAGCAGCGCGGAGGAGGCAGUCUUACUAUUAUAGGAGCAGCGGGGGAGACAAAACCUCCAGUACCUACGACCUCGUGGAGCAGAUGCAUUACCUCUACGUGAGCGUCGUCAAGGCACGUGACCUCCCCGUGAUGGACGUCUCCGGAAGCUUGGAUCCUUACGUGGAGGUCAAGAUUGGUAACUACAAGGGUUUGACCAAGCACUUGGAGAAGAAUCAGAACCCUGUUUGGAAACAGAUCUUCGCUUUCUCUAAAGAGAGGCUUCAGUCGAAUCAGCUCGAAGUCACUGUUAAAGACAAAGAUCUCAUCACCAAAGAUGAUUUCGUGGGAAGAGUGUUGAUCGAUCUCACGGAGGUUCCUCUCAGGGUUCCUCCGGAUAGUCCUCUUGCUCCGCAGUGGUAUAGACUCGACGACAAGAGAGGAGUGAAGACGAACAGAGGGGAGGUGAUGCUCGCUGUUUGGAUGGGGACUCAAGCGGAUGAGUCUUUCCCCGACGCGUGGCACUCUGACGCGCACCGCGUGAGCCAUUCUAAUCUUUCCAACACUCGCUCCAAGGUUUACUUCUCGCCGAAGCUUUAUUACUUGAGGAUCCAUGUGAUGGAGGCUCAGGAUCUUGUCCCGUCUGAUAAAGGGAGGGUGCCUGAUGCGAUCGUUAAGAUUCAGGCGGGGAAUCAGAUGAGAGCUACGAGGACGCCUCAGAUGAGGAGUAUGAGUCCUCAGUGGGGGGAGGAGAUUAUGUUUAUUGUGUCUGAGCCGUUUGAGGAUAUGGUGAUCGUGUCGGUUGAUGAUAGGGUUGGUCCGGGGAAAGAUGAGAUACUGGGGAGGGUGUAUAUACCGGUGAGGGAAAUUCAGGUGAGGCAAGAGACUGGGAAGAUGCCUGAUCCGCGUUGGUUUAAUCUUCAGAGGCAUUCGAUGUCUAUGGAGGAAGAGACUGAGAAGAAGAAAGAGAAGUUCUCUAGUAAGAUUCUGCUUAGGCUUUGUAUUGAAGCUGGGUACCAUGUUCUUGAUGAGUCAACGCAUUUCAGCAGCGAUCUUCAACCGUCUUCGAAGCAUUUGAGGAAGCCGAGCAUCGGGCUUCUCGAGCUGGGGAUUCUCAGUGCUAGGAACUUGAUGCCUAUGAAGGCUAAAGAUGGGAGGAUGACUGAUCCCUACUGUGUGGCGAAAUAUGGGAACAAAUGGGUGAGGACGAGGACGCUUUUGGACGCGCUUGCACCUAGGUGGAACGAGCAGUAUACUUGGGAAGUUCAUGAUCCUUGCACGGUCAUAACGAUUGGGGUCUUUGACAAUGGUCAGAUCAACGACGGUGGUGAUACCAAGGACCAGAGGAUUGGGAAAGUUAGAGUGAGGCUGUCUACGCUUGAGACGGACCGGGUUUACACUCAUUACUACCCGUUGCUGGUUCUCACUCCCGGUGGUCUGAAGAAGAACGGUGAGCUUCAGCUAGCUCUGAGGUACACUUGCACCUCCUUUGUUAACAUGAUGGCUCAGUACGGAAGACCGUUGCUGCCCAAAAUGCAUUAUGUUCAACCGAUACCAGUCAGGCACAUCGACUUGCUGAGGCAUCAGGCGAUGCAGAUAGUUGCAACGAGACUGUCAAGGUCCGAGCCACCGCUGAGACGAGAGGUUGUGGAGUACAUGCUUGAUGUAGACUACCAUAUGUUCAGCCUAAGGAGAAGCAAAGCCAAUUUCAGCAGAAUCAUGUCGCUUCUCUCCUCGGUCACUCUGGUCUGCAAGUGGUUCAACGAUAUCUGCACGUGGAGAAACCCAAUCACAACCUGUCUUGUCCAUGUUCUGUUCCUGAUUCUUGUCUGCUACCCGGAGCUGAUUUUACCCACGAUCUUCCUCUACCUCUUUGUGAUAGGCAUGUGGAACUACCGGUACAGACCGAGACACCCGCCUCACAUGGACGCUCGUGUGUCCCAAGCAGACAACACCCACCCAGACGAGCUUGACGAGGAGUUUGACACUUUCCCGACUAGCAGACCAGCAGACAUUGUCAGAAUGAGGUAUGACAGGCUUAGGAGUGUCGGUGGAAGAGUCCAGACAGUGGUGGGGGACCUGGCGACACAAGGAGAGAGGAUUCAAGCCUUACUUAGCUGGAGGGACCCGAGAGCAACUGCUUUAUUCAUCGUCUUGUCGUUGAUAUGGGCUGUGUUUAUAUACAUAACACCGUUCCAGGUGAUUGCCAUCUUGCUCGGACUGUUCAUGCUGCGUCAUCCACGGUUCAGGAGCAGAAUGCCUUCAGUACCUGCCAACUUCUUCAAGAGAUUACCAGCCAGGUCAGAUAUGCUACUUUAGGUAAACGAAAAAAAAACAUCAUUGUAUUUGUAAUAGUGUGUAUGAACAUAUAAGUUGGAGAAACUUGUAGAGUGAAGCCAAGGAAACUAGUUUUGCCUGAAUGUGUGUACUCCCCAAUAUUAUGUAUGAUGUUCCAAUAUUCUACCGCUAGUGAAAUAAAAUGAGCCAAAUUUUUUUCACAA